GAGCUUCGACGCUUCUUGAAGCGAGAGAGAGAGGCCGGCGCCGAUGGAGGGAGGAGAUGACGCGGCGAUCGAGAGGACGAUCGACUCCAAGGACUUGCAGCAGCAGAACAAGGCGCUGGACAAGCUCACCGACCGCGUCGAAGAUCGCCAGCUCGACUCCACUCGCGUUCAGGAGGCGAUGGCAUCGAUUGCUGCGUCCGCGGAAGCUGAUAGGAAUGCCAUGAGGAUGAGGGAGAAAGAAUUGGCUUCUGUCAAGAUCAAUGCAGGUGAUGUUGACAUAAUUGCUAACGAACUCGAGCUGGACCGGAAGGUGGCUGAAAGGACCUUGCGUGAGCAUAAAGGUGAUGCGGUUGCUGCAAUUCGUUCCUUGCUUAGAUAAAUCGCGCGAAAAUUGGGCAUUUGUAAUUUUUCCGAGGACUUCCCAACUUGCCAUAACAUUGUCCAAGUUGGAUCCAGAGCUGUACGAGUCAUGCUUCUUUUUGGAUAUACGUCUUGCCUUCUAUGAGAUUCUUGUACCGUUGCUGAUUCUCGGUUGCUACCAGAUGUGCAUCCCUGCAUUUUUUCCCUUCCAUGUUUUUCAUGCUGGGAGUUUUGGACAGUAGGAAAAUCAUGUAUAAUUUUUUAGGAACAGAAAUCAUAGAACCACGAGCCUAUGCUCAGUAAUGUGAGGGUGUUUUCCAAUA